UUUGGGUUCCCGCGGUCGAUUGGCGGUUGAGCCAGUCUGAGUGUCAUGGUUAGAUUGUUGGCUGUCAAUCAUAUUGCCCCUAAACAGUACCUCUGCUCGCCACGGGGUAUGUAAAUAUGGUUGCCCUCGAUGCACACCCGUCCACUCAUGCGAACAGUCAUUCUCUACUGAUUGAACUUCUCUUCUCAUCAUGCCUGGGGGCCUCCAUCCACCACUCUCGGUCAUCGAGUCGUGGCCUGCGCCUAACACCACCGAUCCAGAAUCCCAUAGUCAUGCGGCUUCCAUUCUCGCCGCCAUAUUUGGAGGCAUUGCGGUGGUCACCGUUAGUCUCCGACUCUGGGCCCGCUGUGUGAUUCAGCGACAGGGGGGAUGGGAUGAUAUUUGUGUCGCUUUCGCUCUGAUUCCUACCAUUGGCCUCAACAUUGCCGUCCCUCUGGGAGCCUACGUCUACGGCGAAAACCACCACGUCUGGGACAACACGCUCCCCAACCUCAUCAGCGAACGCAAGCUGGCCAUCGCCGAAGAACUCUUUUACGUCUUCGCCUCCUGCUUCGUCAAAGUCUCGGUGCUGCUCUUCUACCGCCGCAUGGGCAACCGCACCACCAUCUCCCCCAAAUUUCUCACCAUCAUCUACCUCAGCAUCGCCUCGGUCAUCGCCUACAACAUCGCCUUUCUCAUCGUCAUCUUCGUCUCCUGUCGUCCCUUCUCGGCCUACUGGAUGGAAAUCGACCCUACCUACGCCCUGACCCAGAAAUACCGCUGCUACAACGAACCCGCGCACCUCAUCGCCGCGACGGCUAUCAGUCUCACUCAGGAUUUUAUCACCACGACUCUUCCGGCGAUCUUUAGCUGGAAACUCCAAAUGCCAGUGAAGCAGAAACUCCUCCUGAAUGUGGUCUUCGGAUUAGGGUAUCUAGCCGUCGUGGUCGCCGCUAUCCGGAUCUACUUCGUC